AUGUCUAUUUCUGAAACUAAUAUACCUGUAUCUACCUCUACUAGUUUCACUACAGCAGAAGAAAAAAAUGUUCCCACCUUAGCUGAAGUGAUUCGAAAUUAUAAAACGAAGGAGCUUAUAGAUUUUUUACGUAAAGAAGAAGACUUGGUGCUUGAUAAUGACGACUUGAAAAUUAUUAAAAAGGAAAAAAUUACAGGCUGUGCUUUUCUUAAAACAACUAAAGAAGAGCUCCGAAGUUUAGGUUUAGGUUUUGGACCUGCUUUAGACCUUUCAGAUUUCGUUAGAGAACUGGGCAAAUAUAAAUUAAAAGCCUUCUCCUCAUACAAGAGUUUGAAGGAAGUGUUGAAAAAAUAUAAUAUUAAUGGUAAUGGUAUAGGCACUAUAUGUCAAUUUUCAUCAAAAACUUACCAACUCAAAGACGAGGAUGAUGAGUUAGAACAAUGUAUAAGGGAAAUAAAACACAGACUGGGAAAUAUGGGUACUAUACUUGCCGAUAGCAAUGAAGCCAUGUGCUGUGAAUAUAUCUUGGCCAUUCUUCAUGCUUCGCUUUAUAUCGUUAAAAGAAUAACAAACAAAGAACUUACCUUAGCUCCUCAACUCAAAGUUGUUGGUGAAGAAAGUACCGGUAGAGUUGACUACGUGAUCAAGGACCUAGAAGAACUUAUUUGUAUCACAGAAGAAAAAUUACAUUAG